AUGCCGAGCGUAAAGAUAAAGGCUGCCGCUGGGUCGACGACCAUCUACUACACGAUCUCCACGCCGACGAAGACGAACGCGAAGGCGAUCGACCCCAAGCUGCCCACCCUCCUCUUUCUCCACCCUGUCUACGUAUCGCAGGAGGCCUUCCAUCCACAGUUCGCCGACCCGCUGCUGCGCAAGUUCAACCUCGUCACGUUUGACAUGCGCGGGCAUGGGGAGACGGGGAGCAAGCUCGACGGCCAGUUCACGCGCGUCGAGGGCGCCGACGACGUGAUCAAGUUUAUGGAUGCAAUCAAGCUCGACCAAGUACACCUUGUUGGCUUGUCCAUGGGUGCCUGCAUUGCCCUCCAAACCUCAAUAUUGCAUCCCACCCGUGUCCUCUCCACCAUCAUGAUCGGCCCGCUACCACUACGUGAGCCGGAAGGUGUUGCCGAGGGCCGCAGGGAGAUCUACGACUGCUGGGUCGAGUCCUUCCACGACCCGAAGAACAUCGACUACGAGAUCCUGCGCGACGCCGUCUCCGGCACGAUGCAGCUCGCCUUCAACAGCAAGGUGACGCCCAUCAGCAAAGCCCUCGUCGAACGCGCCUCCGCCCUCGCCGUCAAGAACUGGACGCCGAAGGCCUUCAACUGCAUGUACGAGCUCACCGUCAACUUCUUCAUCUGCCGCUCCCCCCACCCGCGCGACGCGCUCGCCCGCAUCCGCUGCCCCGUGCAGAUCAUCCACUGCGAGGGCGACAUUGCGUACCCGCUCGAGUACGCGCAGGAGCUGCGGAAUCAUCUGCAGGCCGCCGGCGUCGAUGUAAGGCUGAGCAGCAUCGGGAGGGACGCGCCGCAUUUUGGGAGCGUGACGCAUCCGGAUCUGUGA